AUGCAACGUCAAAAAGUGGAAGUCGGUGCCAAUGGGUCUCAUGAUGAGCCCAUCAAGCGACGCGAUAGCGUGAACCCGGAAUCGAAUUCUACAAAUAUAACUAUAACUAUACCGCAAAGACCCUCGUCGCCGCGACAGUUUUUCGAAAGACUUUACGGACAUUUGGAGACGCGCAGCCCGGAGAGCGGAGACAUUGACGUUGGCACCCAUAACCAUAAGCCGCCGCCAUGUGAAACGCCUUAUCACAGCGACGGUGGCAGUGUAUCUUCGCCGGAUAUCUCCAUCAGCGAUGAACGCACCUCACUUGCCGGCUUUCCCGCCUACGACUUCUAUGGUCCUGCCAAGGAUUACCUCCCACCACAGCCACAUCAGCAGCAUCCUCUCCAUCCGCAGGUGCAGCAAAAACUUACCUAUGUGAGUCCGCCGCCGGUGAUUAGUGCGGGAGUGACGAAUCCUGUCCUGCCGCCUGGAUUUCCCGCCGCAUUUCCAAGUGAUCCACAUUUCAGCGCCGGAUUUUCCGCUUUCUUGGCUCGCAGGCGUCGCAAGGAGGGAAGACAACGUCGUCAAAGGACUACGUUUAGUACAGAACAGACUUUGCGCCUCGAGGUGGAGUUCCAUCGGAAUGAGUACAUCUCGAGGAGCCGACGCUUUGAGCUGGCAGAGACACUGCAUCUGACCGAGACUCAAAUCAAGAUUUGGUUCCAGAAUCGUCGGGCCAAGGAUAAGCGUAUAGAAAAGGCUCAAAUCGAUCAGCAUUACAGAAACUUUGUCGUGGCCAAUGGUUUUAUGAGCUCUAUAAUGGGUCAGCCCAGCACGACCAUGCCCUCGCCGGGCGUGGGUCUAGGAUACUACCCUGCGGCAGCGACGCCGGCAGCGCUGCCCAAGGAUAACACGCAGGAUGACCACUACGAGCGGCAGCAGCAGCAACAACAACUGCAACUGCAACAGCAACUGCAGCAACAGCGACGCCGUGCAACGCCAACGGUUAUCAACACAUGCUAG